AUGAAAGCCCAAGAUGAAGAAUGGACAACAAAGUGGCAAAAAAUCAGGAACGUUCAUACCAACAUCGAUGACUUAUGCCAAACAUUAACAAUCGGUAUCAAGCACUUCAAUCAAGAUUCGAUUGCCAUGAGUUUUUUCACGGUAGAUGAAAUGAUUUCAACUAAUAAUUUAAAUCAAUUGGAACCAACAUUUAUGUAUACUCAAAUAUUCAAGGAUAUUCUUGUUGAUAUGGAAUACGAUAAACAAUCCAUCAAACAGUUUACAACUUAUUGUCGAAAACAUGACUGCGGAUCGGCAACGAAUAUUGAUCGAUUUGAAAACGAAUAUCAUACUCAAUCAGCUAUUUGGUGGUAUACUUCUCCCAUAUUUAUCUAUUCUAUGCUGAAUUCUGCUCUUCGAUUUAUGGAAGGUGAUACCAUUAUUAGCAUGGGCUUUUUCAUACAUGAUCUUCAUCAACAAAUUCAACAACUACACCAACAACAACUUAGUAGUUAUCACGAUAAAUCAUUCAUAGUUUACCGAGGACAAGGUCUCUCCAAAGCAGAUUUCGAAAAACUUCAGAAAACAAACGGUACUUUACUGUCCUUUAAUAACUUUUUAUCCACUAGUACGAAACAAGAUAUCUCCUUAGUAUUUGCCCGCAGCGCAUCAGACAAUGUAGACAUGGUCGGUGUUCUUUUCAAAAUGUUAAUUAAUCCUCGUGUGAAAUCAAUGCCAUUUGCCUCCAUCAAGCACAUGAGUUAUUAUAACGAAGAAGAAGAAAUUCUCUUCUCCAUGCAUACUGUUUUUCGAGUGGGUGCAAUUGAACAAAUGGCUAAUAACAAUCAACUUUAUCAAGUUGAGUUACAAUUAACAUCGGAUGAUGAUCAACAACUACGAUUACUUACUGAUCGGAUACGAGAAGAAGCUGAUGGUGCUGGAUGGCAGGGAUUAAGUAAAUUACUGAUUAAAAUUGGUCAGUUUAAUAAAGCUGAAGAACUUUAUAAUGUAUUACUCGAACAGACAUCUGAUGAGAGUGGAAAAGCGCUUUAUUAUAGUCAGCUGGGAUAUAUCAAAGAUGAGCAGGGUGAUUAUGAAAAGGCUAUUUGGUAUUACGAACAAGGACUUGAAAUUGGAGAAAAAACUGUUCCUUCAAAUCAUUCUCUUUUGGCUACUUCAUACAACAGCAUCGGUUUGGCGUAUAACAGAAUGGGAGAGUACUCAAAAGCACUUGCAUUUUACGAACAAGCAUUUGAAAUUAAACAAAAGACUCUACCUCCAAAUCAUCUUUCAUUGGCUACUUCGUACAACAACAUCGGUUUGGUAUAUAAAAAGACGGGAGCGUAUUCAAAAGCACUUUCAGAUUACCAAAAAGCACUUGAAAUUCGAGAAAAAGCUCUUCCUUCAAAUCAUCCUGAUUUGGCUGCUUCAUACACCAACAUCGGUGGGGUGUAUGUCGAGAUAGGAGAGCACGCGAAAGCACUUGCAUAUCACGAAAAAGCACUUGAAAUUCAAGAAAAAGCUCUUCCUUCAAAUCAUCCUAAUUUGGCUAUUUCAUACAACAACGUCGGUGUGGCGUAUAGUAUCCUAGGAGAGCACUCAAAAGCACUUUCAUCUCACGAAAAAGCACUUGAAAUUCUGACAAAAGCUUUUCCUUCGAAUCAUCCUGAUUUGGCUAGUUUAUACGACAGCAUUGGUAGUGUGUAUAACAAAAUGGGAGAGUACUCGAAAGCACUCUCAUCACACGAAAAAGCGCUUGCAAUUCAACAAAAAACUCUUGCUUCAUAUCAUCCUCGUUUGGCUACUUCAUACAACAACAUCGCUAUGGUGUAUUACUAUAUGGAAGACUAUUCGAAAGCACUGUCAUAUGCUGAACAUGCGCUGGAUAUAUGGGAGCGUGCAUUACCUACAACCCAUCCUAAUAUAAAAACGAUAAAAAAGAAUAUUGAAACUGGAAAAAAAGAAAUUAUCAAGAAUACUUGA